AUGUCUGACGGUUACGACUCUGACCGCUCGGCCUACGCUGAGGAACCUCAUCCCUAUGCGCGAGGCGCGCGCCAGGGACGCCCCCACCACGCACAAGGCUAUGAUGUGCAAAGCCAUUAUGCUUACUAUUCGAGCUCAAGAGAGAUACCACGACAUGUGACGGUACCUGAGAACCCAACAUCUUCAAGGGGCACGUCCGGCCACGAAGAAGAACCUCAUUACAUUUACUCCUCUGGGCGGUCCAACAGCCAUAUAUACGACGAAGGUCAUGAGCCUGGCUACGAAGCUCAGUUCAUUCAAUACGACCAGGAACCUGACUACGAAGAUCAAUUCGACGAGCGCGAGGAGACAUCUCGCUAUGGGAACGAUUACCGCCUCGGAACUACCCGACGCAAUACGAACACUCAGGUCGAGUAUCCGCCACACACGGUACAACUUGGGCCUUAUCGUGGCUCUUAUCCUGAAGUGAUGCCAACACCGGGACAUCCCAUGUCUCUGCCGUCACAGAGUGUCCUGGAUCCGCGGUACAUGGUUCAACCACCUCAUUACUACCGAGAGGGUAAGGUCUUUUCGAUCUUGUGGCACGAAAACGAUGGGCGAGCCGGCGGGACCCUUGUCAGCAGAGGCCCGCUGUAUCGAGGCCGCUUUGGGGAGCCAAUUUACAGCACUAUUCGCCGCAUGGUAGUCUUUAGACAGUAUGAGCAAUGCUCAUGGUGUUUCGCGAUUACAACUUAUCAUGGCCGUGGCGUUGCGAAAAGAGGGGUGGACCCGGACAAGCAUGCGAUUGUACAUAUGAGAGGUACAACGCCAACUUUGGGCGUUGGGGAGCCGCGCAUGGCCAAGGAGCCCCUGGAGGUGGUUCCAGAAAAUCCGAGUGAGAAUCUUGAUUAUAUGUCGAGAUUGAACUUCAGCAAGAUCUAUACCGUGGAGCAUAAUGUCAAAGUGCUUCCCAUUGGCCGAAUUUCAUCAAGAUCGAUGACCAGGUUCCUCGAAUACGCCAGAUACGAACUCGCACUUUGA